CGUUCAUUAGCCAACUGGCUAGCUAUUUAGCUAGGAACGUUACAUCACAAGCUAGCUAAUUUAGCUAUUCAAUAUCCAUCUAACUUGAAUGAUCUGUUGAUUCAUCAGUAGUUGAACAUGGAUGAAGAUUUCCUGCUUGCCAUUCAGCUGCAAGAGCAGUUUAAUUCCGAGGCAUCCACAUAUACAACAAAUAAUGACAACAGCAGUGGCCAAACCAACAAAAAACGGAAAGUUGAGUCUAGCAGCGAUGUCAUCCCCUAUUCACCUCCAUCUAUUGCCCCCGAGAAACCGAUGUCAAUCGUGGAUGAGUCGUGGGAGACGCUUGACCCAAGCCCAGAUGUGAGGGCAAUGUUCCUGGAGUUCAAUGACACGUUCUUCUGGAGAAAGCUCAGUGGUGUGGAAGUCAAAUGGAGCCCCCGAAUGACACUGUAAGUCAUUGUUGUAUCAAUCAUCAGAUAUGAUUCACAUGUUUAUGAUUGGAGCUCAUACAUUACAAAAAUGUUGCCCAUUCACUGUCCAUGUAUAACUCGACCUGUGAUUGUUCUCUUGUGGUUAGAGUAUUCCCUUAUUUUAUAUUAUUCAAUGCCUGUCUCCUCAUAAAAUCUUCAAUUGUAGGUGCGCAGGUGUGUGUUCUUAUGAAGGACGAGGUGGACUGUGUUCUAUUCGACUCAGUGAGCCUUUACUGAAACUCAGACCCCGUCGGGAUCUUGUACAGGUACUUUGACUAACCAACCUGAACCUUCUCAGAUUGAGGGUAAUUGUAUAAGAUUUAACACAUGCAAAGUGGCUGUGGUGGCAUUUCUUCAGUAUAGCAUAACAUGAAAAAUACUCUGUUAAUUAUUCCAGACACUUCUGCAUGAGAUGAUCCAUGCACUGCUCUUCGUGACUCAAAACAACAGAGAUCGUGAUGGGCAUGGACCUGAGUUCUGCAAGCACAUGGACAGAAUCAACCAAGCUACUGGGACUAAAAUCACAGUAGGUUCUUCUGUGUCCGGUCAAUGUCAACUGUGAAAUUGUACUUUGUGUUGAUAUGCAUCUGACUUCUGAAUCAACUGUGUUCCACCAGGUCUAUCACACUUUCCAUGAUGAAGUGGAUCUCUACCGUCAGCACUGGUGGCGCUGUGAUGGGCCCUGUCAGACUCGCAAGCCCUACUUUGGAUACGUGAAGAGGGCAAUGAACCGUGCCCCCUCAGCCCAAGACACGUGGUGGGGGGACCACCUGCGCUCCUGUGGGGGCAACUAUACCAAGGUCAAGGAGCCGGAGGGUUAUGGAAAGAAAGGCAAGAAGACUGACAACAGCCAAGGCAAGACAGACACCAGCAAAGACAAGAAGCCUACAGACAAGCCCACAAGCAACAGCAAGCCUUCCAGUACAGCUACUGCAGGUAAUACAUGUCUCUUUCUCAUCUGAUGAAUGCUGAGAGCAGUAAAAUCAUUUAUAAUUAAAAAUAUGGCUUAGUGAAUGUGUCUUGGUGAAUCUAUAUUUUAUUUUCAAUGUUUUUCUCAGGCUCUGGUUUACAGGACAUAAGGAAUAUCAUCCCAUUCAGUGGCAAAGGCUUUCUGCUUGGAGGGAGUUCACAGCCAUCGUCAUUUCAACUCAAGAAACCUCUUGUCAACAGUCCCACAACAACCCUCACUACUCCUGCGUCUCCCAGGCUUGUGCUGUCACCUCCAGCUCAGGCGACGGCAAAAGGAAUCAACUCGCCUGGACGGCCAGGUCUGAGCCGCCCACAGAAGAAGGGGACUACAAGCACCACAACCUCCAUAGCAGGGGGAGCACACGGUCCAUUCAGAGGACCGAAACCCACUGUUAAAAAAUCUGUCAGCAACACCAAGGCAUUUGUCAACAUCAGUGGCUCACCUGUUAGGAUUUACAAAUCCAACACCACUGUGACCAAGCCACAUAGUGACUCCUCAGACGCUUUAAAGACCAAAACAGAGCAAAGGUCUGUCCAAGACCUCUUUAAUACCAGUGGCUGGAAGUCUGGACGUGCAGCUAGUUCUAGUACCUCCACUGUCUCAAAUCCACCAGCUGAGACCAAAAGUGCAUCUUCAUCUGUGGGUAGUUUGAAGUUUGGACAACCAGCCAAAGCUGCCAGUUCCUCAGACAUCAGACAACUGCACAGCCAUUACUCUGGUGUUCCGGCCGCAUCAAAUCCUGUUGUGUCCACCGAGCCUCACCCCUCCAAAUAUUUUAAAGGCCCUAAAAAGCCUAGUGGCGUCAACAUUCCAGGUUCUAGGAAGAGGCCUUGGGAAGACCGCACCUCUGCUCACAUCUUUGACUUCUUUCAGCAAACAAUUGGUGAGUCAUCAACGUCCAGGGGUACAAGGGAGGACAUUGCCAGGCCGACUACCCCAGCAGCCCAUCCUGCAGUUCAGAACAACACUGACAGCUCUGCAAGCCUUACUGUGAACGUCAGCUGCCCUGUAUGCCAAGCCAAGGUGCAAGAGUCAAAAAUCAAUGCACAUUUAGAUUCCUGUCUCUCGUGAGAAAACUGAAAUGUGAGGAGAAAGCCCAGCAGCUGUUUUAUAUUGCACAACCUCUAACAAGUCUAAGCAUAGGUGAUGUUUAUAGAGUUUGUUUCCUUCAAUUCAAAGUCGGUUUUGCUAAUAAGUUGAAAUGUCAUUUGUAUCUCAUGUAGUACUGCUGUAAUUAGAAAUGCAGUUUUCCAGUUUGCAUCUCCUACAUCAUGUAAAACCCUCUGGAAAAACCCUGUUGGUUUUAGUCUUAAAGAAGAACAUCUGGACUGCACCAGGUGACUUUGCUUUUCUUUUUAAGUUGUUAAGUUUAUGAUAUUUUGCAGAGAGACUUGUGCCUUAGUAGAUCCAUGUAAAUAUUUCCUGAAACUUUGAUCAAUUACCAUGUUUUUAAGAAAACUCUCCAAAUGUUUUAGCACUGGAAAGGUCCUCGCUCAGGAAGAAUUGAUUUAAUUGGUGCCACUUUACAUUUACAUUUUAGUCAUUU